AUGCCGUCGUCUGGGGUCAUGGCCUAUGCACAAAAGAAGGCCGGAAUGACCUCCUCGGCGUUCGUUUCACAUAUGCAACAACAGCAGAGACACACCUCUGUGGCUUCUUCAUCUUCUUCAUCUUACAAGUGUCAGCAAAGACGGUCUUCGGUUGCUACCUCUAGAUCCACAUCACCCUCAACUGUUUCUGAAAGUAACUGUGGCCAGUCCAAUCAAACCCCACAGCCUCACCUACAGCAGGCUUUCAAUACUCCAAUCAAGGGAACCGGUUCACAAUCCAAACGUUACAAAUGUAACUAUUGUUCAAAGGAAUUCACACGUCCAAGUUCACUUAUAACCCAUACAUACAGCCACACUGGAGAGAAACCAUUCAAGUGUCCUAUCGAAGGCUGUGGUCGACACUUUUCAGUGGUCAGCAAUCUUCGUCGACACGCAAAAAUACACUCUGCAAAUACCCUUUCGACUUCUUCAUCUUCUUCAUCAUGUUCUUCCUAGACACCAAAAAAAAAUAUAUAUAUAUAUAUAUUUCUCUUUGCAUGCAAUGUAGACUUAUUUCUUUCUUUCUUUCUUAUAUAUUCAGCACUCUACACACAUUUAUAUGUAUGUAUUUAUGUAUAUAUGUAAUAUGUAUAUGUAUUGACCAUUCGUACAUCUUGUCUCACCUCUCAUUACCCUUUUCUAUCUCUCUCUCUCUCUCUCUCAGAUCCCACACACUUCUCAAUCUCCCCUUUUUCUCUCUCUCUCUCCUUACCAUUCGUUUUUUUUUUCUCUUUACUUUACUUUACUUUCUUAUUUAUCUCUUUUGGUUCGAAAUCAAUAACAUUCCUAUACUUUGUACACUGC